AAGCCGUGUGAAGGUUUAGCAGUCUUCCUUAAAGCAAUGAGCUGAAAGCAUGGAUCUUUCUGUGUUGCCAAAUAACAAUCACCCUGACAAAUUUCUGCGUUUAGAUGUAAAGACUUUACUGGCCAACUCUGCAGUUCUGCAUUCACAGCAAUGGCAUAACAAGCUGUACAUGCGGAAUGAAAACAGCAAUGAAGCAAGGCAGUCAUCAAAGGUGCAAAGCCAUACAGUAGUUGACAAGACCUUGUGUGAACAUUUUACUCCAGAAAUUCUGAAAUCCACAAUUAAAACCAAUCCCCUGUAUAUGGAUAUAGCAAAUCAGGAGACAAUUAUUACCACUAAGAAAAAGCCAUCGUGGACCAUUCAGGACUACGACCAACAGUCUCCAAACCCAAAGAUAUCUCUGUACUUGAAGGAGAAUCCAAAUGAAUUAAAGUAUUGGCUCGAAGAUAUUUAUACACCUGGGUAUGACUCUCUACUGAAGAAGAUGGAGAAGGAAAAGAAAAAGUCCAAACUCUGUAAACGCUUGGCAUUUUUGGCACUGGCACUUUGCAUUCUCAUUGCCAUAGUAACAGUUACUGUUGGAUAUCACUCCUUUGCUGAUGAAAACAGUGCAGAAUACCAAAAAGAGGAGCACCUCACUCAUCCAGUUGACAACGUAAUGACAUCUGCAAGCAGAUUAAGCAAUGAUGAUUAG